UAAUAUUUGAAGGUAGUUUAUAUCUCAUUUUAGUUAUAAUUUCCGUUGUGUCCUUUUAUUUGAGAUCUAUUUUUCUUUUUAAGCACCAUAUAUCAUGACCUCAUUAUCAAUAAAUGAACCAUCUUUUUUCUACAUCCAUAUGCAAUUCACCUUGUAGCUUGUUGAACAAACAGGGCAGAGAAGAUAGUCUUCUAAUUAGUGCAAUUGUGGAAAAGCAAGGUGAGAGGGCGAGGCAUAGGGUUGUCAUAGAGUAACAUGUUUGCCACUGCAAUUCGGUAUUUUGUAAAGAAACCAAAGCCGAAGAUGAAACCAAUAGAACUGAAGACUCCACCAGAACAAACACAGACCAUCACCCGGGCCAUAUUUGACAUCUUGAAGGAGCAUGGUCCUCUCACCAUUGCUGAUACUUGGGAACAUGUUAAGGAUGUUGGUUUGAGAGGAUUGACAAGCAAAAGGCACAUGAAAAUAGUGUUGAGAUGGAUGAGGGAAAGGCAGAAGCUUCGGCAAAUUUGCAAUCAUGUGGGGCCCCAUAAACAAUUCCUCUACACCACCUGGUUCACGAAGUCCAAUAUCAAGCCCUUGAAACCAAGAAAUAAUUCUUAUGGACCAUAGCUGCUAGCUAGUGGUGUUUCGUGGUUUCUUCACAGUUACUUCCACUUCAGAUCCUCAAAUUAUGAAGUCUGAGAUGCUGUUGAGGUUGACAGUUGCAUGAGAACUCAUUGACAUUGGAUGUGUAAGUGAGUUUUAUUCACUGUAGAGUUAUGCCCAUCUGAAUUUAUUUCUGCAUGAUGCAUGUGUUCUUAGGAAACUGGUCUAAACUCACAUCCAAUGGCACAUCAAGGUAUCAUUUAUGUGA